AUGGAAAACUCAACAGAAAACGGAUAUUUUCUACAACAAAUAUACAAAUCACUGUCACAGGACCUACAAAUACAACCCUUCAAUCCAGCGGCAUUGGCCAGUGCUAUGAAUGUUAACCCGGAAAAUAUUGAUCAUAUGGUAGAGAUGGAGCUAAAAGUUAUAAAAGAAAAUGUUUUAAGAAAAGAACAUCAAUAUGUGGAACAAAUGCUAAGGGAAAAUCCUAUAGUGAUUGAACGACGAAACAACAACAAUCAGCAGCCACAACAACAGCAGCAAACAUCUAGUGACGAUGAUGUGGUAGAUGUUGUAACCGUUUCCACUACCUCCAAGCGUGAAAAUCAGAAAUUUUUGCAACAACAACGGGCCGAGGCAUGUCGCCGCUCGCGUUAUAACAACAAAAUCAAGAAAGCUAAAUCGAAAUAUCGUCACAAAUAUAUUUCACAGAAAUUGCUACAAAGCGCUCAAAUGUUUGACUGUAUACAGGAUCUCAUUAAACAAGCUGAAAAUCAAUUACUUAGCCAAGGUUUACCCCAAGACAAACUCCAACAGUUACGUCAAAGAUAUGACAUGGAAUAUGUGCAAGAACUGAAUCAAACCAUCAAAAUGGAAGAGUAA